UUUGAUCGUCCUUCUCUGGAAGAUCUAGUUGGCUGCGUUGGAACCACUGCCGACCUGAGUGCCAUUCGUUUUCCUGACGAUGAGGAAUAUGAAACGAUCCACGCUAUUUUUGUUGGUCGCCAACGUCUUCGUAUCACGAAGGUUUUUCGGGAGAUGCCCCACACAUUGAUUUGUCAUGGGACCAUACUUCCGGAAUCUUCGACGAGCCAUUCAAUGGCGACGCAUCCUCUGGGUUGGGGUCUGAUUCCCCGAUCUUGGUGUCGCUUUGGUCUGGAUCCUCCUACAACCAGACAAAAACCAACGGAGGCCGAGCACGCACCUCCCAUAUCAACUGCUACUCGAAUCCGAAGAUUGACUCGUAGACGUUCACGGCACAGUCAAAGUUCAUCAUCAUCUUCGUCUUCACAACCGCCACCACCGAACAGCCCAAUUAGUUCUGUUCCUCUCGGCAAUCCGUUAUCCAUUUUUGACUCCCGUCUGAGCACUUGGCGUCAUUUUGGUCCGAUCAGUUCCGGCUCUGUCUCUCCCCUCCCGACUUCUAAUGCUAGUCCUCGAUUGGAUCAUUUCGUCGAUGAUACAGUUCCCGAUACCCCUGAACCCAUAGCAUUACAUACAAGUGCCCCUGAUAUCAGUGUAACUGCUCAGUCCCGCCCAAUUCCCGACCGGGUUUCUGAGGACGGUUCCGAUUCUACAACCGACUCUCGAUCCAGUUAUCAUACACCUUCCGGAGAGGGUCCUGUUGACACUUUACUUCCUGAAGGCUCUGCGAAACAGCCUGAUGUUAUUGUAGAGGAUGUAGAGUUGAUCAUGGAUCGGGCUGUCGAUCGUGAUGGAAAACCAUUCCGUUAUCGGAUUCAGCAAGCCUGUCAUCCUCGUCUAUUGGCACGGCGUGAUGUGUUGGCUGCGGCUGCCCAGUGUUUCACUUCGUUGCCGUUUUGGGUGUAUAGGCAAUACGAUAUAUACCAUCUCGUCUCAACUAUUCAAGCGGAACUUUUCAACUGGAACGAUACAUGGAAUGUAGACAAGUUCCGUCCAGAGUUGGCAGUACCUUUCUCCUAUUGGCUGGUGCAAAAUUUACCCAUGCCAGGACAAUUAAAGGCUCACAUUUUGGGCAUUGAUCAUGUGGUGCAGCGAUUGCGGGCUUUGCUUGAGGUUAUUCGUCGCUCAACUGCGUGCAUUUGCGGCGUAUGCAAUGCUAGUAUCACUUCAAAUCGGUAUAUCAUCUGCCUGGCUCAAGAGGGCAGUUUUCAGACAUAUGUGAAUCCAUCUGGGGUGUUGCAUGACAUUGUCACUGUCAGCCAAGUCACGCAGAGCUCUGUCAUUCUGAUGGGUUCGGCCUCGGAGGAAUACUCUUGGUUUCCUGGUUACGCGUGGACAAUUGCCAACUGUGCUGGUUGUACUGAUCAUCUCGGGUGGCUCUUCACUGCGGUCAACGAAGAUUUACGACCACGCCGAUUCUGGGGCAUCCGACGUGAAGCGAUUGUACCCGGUUUGAUCAGCUCCAGUGAUUGGCGGCCCUGCAUUUGA